CACCCGUGUAAGCCGUGAGCCAUGGGGAUGGCUCUUUGGGCGCUACUGCUAUGGCAGUGGCACACCGUGGUGUCACAGCCAGUGGAGGUGCAGUUGGAACAGAUCAAGAAGGAUGUUGCCCAAAAAAUGCUUUCUCAAGAUGCCCUUAAGAAGGAAUUCUCAGCCAUGUUGGAGACUGAGAAGGAAAAGAUGAAGGAACAAAUCAUGGCCAAGGUGGAUGAAAAGAUCACUGCAAGAGCGAAAGAAGAAGAGAAGUCAAGGGAUGCUUUGAGCAAGCAAGUCCAGGAGUUGGAAAGUACACUUGCAAAGCAAAAAAAGGAACAUGAGGCAGCAGUGACUGCGCUCAAAAGCAGCCUGGCAGAACAAACCGCAGAAAUUGCAAAAGCUCUUGAUUUGUACCAACGAUCUUUGUCACAGCAUAGGGACGAAGCAGCAAACAACCUAGAGCUACAUAAAAAGGAGUUAGCCGAACACAAAGAAACAUCAAGCAAAGGAUUGGAGGCUCAGACGAAAGCGUUGGAAAGUCACAAGGCAGAGACAGCCAAGAGCUUUGAGUCCCAACAGCAGGUUCUGGAAAAAGAGAAGAAGGCAACAGCCGAGCAGAUUGAGUCGCACAAGAAGGAAGCAAGUGCUGCGCUUGCCAGUGCCAAGGAGACAUUGCAGAAAUCCUUGGAGGAGCAAAAGAUAGAAACUUCGAAGACUUUUGAAUCCCACCAGCAGGCACUGUCCAAGCACAAAGAGGAGUCUUCAGCACAACUAGAGGCUCAUAAGAAGGAGUUUUCUGAGCACAAGGAGACGACAAGUAAGAGUUUGGAGGCUCAGACGAAAGCGUUGGAAAGUCACAAGGCAGAGACAGCCAAGAGCUUUGAGUCCCAACAGCAGGUUCUGGAAAAAGAGAAGAAGGCAACAGCCGAGCAGAUUGAGUCGCACAAGAAGGAAGCAAGUGCUGCGCUUGCCAGUGCCAAGGAGACAUUGCAGAAAUCCUUGGAGGAGCAAAAGAUGGAAACUUCGAAGACUUUUGAAUCCCACCAGCAGGCACUGUCCAAGCACAAAGAGGAGUCUUCAGCACAACUAGAGGCUCAUAAGAAGGAGUUUUCUGAGCACAAGGAGACGACAAGUAAGAGUUUGGAGGCUCAGACGAAAGCGUUGGAAAGUCACAAGGCAGAGACAGCCAAGAGCUUUGAGUCCCAACAGCAGGUUCUGGAAAAAGAGAAGAAGGCAACAGCCGAGCAGAUUGAGUCGCACAAGAAGGAAGCAAGUGCUGCGCUUGCCAGUGCCAAGGAGACAUUGCAGAAAUCCUUGGAGGAGCAAAAGAUGGAAACUUCGAAGACUUUUGAAUCCCACCAGCAGGCACUGUCCAAGCACAAAGAGGAGUCUUCAGCACAACUAGAGGCUCAUAAGAAGGAGUUUUCUGAGCACAAGGAGACGACAAGUAAGAGUUUGGAGGCUCAGACGAAAGCGUUGGAAAGUCACAAGGCAGAGACAGCCAAGAGCUUUGAGUCCCAACAGCAGGUUCUGGAAAAAGAGAAGAAGGCAACAGCCGAGCAGAUUGAGUCGCACAAGAAGGAAUCAAGUGCUGCGCUUGCCAGUGCCACGGAGACAUUGCAGAAAUCCUUGGAGGAGCAAAAGAUAGAAACUUCGAAGACUUUUGAAUCCCACCAGCAGGCACUGUCCAAGCACAAAGAGGAGUCUUCAGCACAACUAGAGGCUCAUAAGAAGGAGUUUUCUGAGCACAAGGAGACGACAAGUAAGAGUUUGGAGGCUCAGACGAAAGCGUUGGAAAGUCACAAGGCAGAGACAGCCAAGAGCUUCGAGUCCCAACAGCAGGUUCUGGAAAAAGAGAAGAAGGCAACAGCCGAGCAGAUUGAGUCGCACAAGAAGGAAUCAAGUGCUGCGCUUGCCAGUGCCACGGAGACAUUGCAGAAAUCCUUGGAGGAGCAAAAGAUAGAAACUUCGAAGACUUUUGAAUCCCACCAGCAGGCACUGUCCAAGCACAAAGAGGAGUCUUCAGCACAACUAGAGGCUCAUAAGAAGGAGUUUUCUGAGCACAAGGAGACGACAAGUAAGAGUUUGGAGGCUCAGACGAAAGCGUUGGAAAGUCACAAGGCAGAGACAGCCAAGAGCUUUGAGUCCCAACAGCAGGUUCUGGAAAAAGAGAAGAAGGCAACAGCCGAGCAGAUUGAGUCGCACAAGAAGGAAGCAAGUGCUGCGCUUGCCAGUGCCAAGGAGACAUUGCAGAAAUCCUUGGAGGAGCAAAAGAUGGAAACUUCGAAGACUUUUGAAUCCCACCAGCAGGCACUGUCCAAGCACAAAGAGGAGUCUUCAGCACAACUAGAGGCUCAUAAGAAGGAGUUUUCUGAGCACAAGGAGACGACAAGUAAGAGUUUGGAGGCUCAGACGAAAGCGUUGGAAAGUCACAAGGCAGAGACAGCCAAGAGCUUUGAGUCCCAACAGCAGGUUCUGGAAAAAGAGAAGAAGGCAACAGCCGAGCAGAUUGAGUCGCACAAGAAGGAAGCAAGUGCUGCGCUUGCCAGUGCCAAGGAGACAUUGCAGAAAUCCUUGGAGGAGCAAAAGAUAGAAACUUCGAAGACUUUUGAAUCCCACCAGCAGGCACUGUCCAAGCACAAAGAGGAGUCUUCAGCACAACUAGAGGCUCAUAAGAAGGAGUUUUCUGAGCACAAGGAGACGACAAGUAAGAGUUUGGAGGCUCAGACGAAAGCGUUGGAAAGUCACAAGGCAGAGACAGCCAAGAGCUUUGAGUCCCAACAGCAGGUUCUGGAAAAAGAGAAGAAGGCAACAGCCGAGCAGAUUGAGUCGCACAAGAAGGAAUCAAGUGCUGCGCUUGCCAGUGCCACGGAGACAUUGCAGAAAUCCUUGGAGGAGCAAAAGAUAGAAACUUCGAAGACUUUUGAAUCCCACCAGCAGGCACUGUCCAAGCACAAAGAGGAGUCUUCAGCACAACUAGAGGCUCAUAAGAAGGAGUUUUCUGAGUACAAGGAGACGACAAGUAAGAGUUUGGAGGCUCAGACGAAAGCGUUGGAAAGUCACAAGGAAGAAGCGGCCAAAAGCCUUUUUUCGCAGGCGAAUGACAUAGAUGAGCAGAAGAAGGCGGUUGUAGCCGUUGCCGCCAAGAUGGACGAUGAACGCUUGGCAACGUUGAAGGAAAUGGCCGCGGCAGAGGAGCGGCACAAUGCCACAGUCCAGAGCUGUCGCCAGGAGGCGAGCGCAGGCCUCAUCACCGCCAUGGAGGCCUUGGAAGCCCACCGCACGGAGGUUACCGACAAACUGAAGGAGCAGCGGCAGCUCACGGACGACGGGCUGACGGAGCUCCGGGCCUCGGCUGCGGCGAAGUUCGCCGAGAACGGUGCCGCGCUCGACGCGCUCAGUGCCGCCAGUGCCGCCUCCGCUGAGAACCUGAAGGAGGCUGUUUCAGAUUACAAGAACAACGCCUCCAAGGCCCUGUGGCUCAUCACCAGGUCUUUGGAUGCUCACAAGGAAGAGGUGUCUGGAACGUUGAAGCAGACACAAAGCAACCUGGAGAAAGAACUCGACGACACCAAAGCGGCCACUGCCAAAACCAUGGAGGCUCAGAAACAAGAGAUUAUUUUGAAUUUGGAAGAGCACAAGAAGGAAACGUCAGCAGUGAUGGCCAGCACCAACGAAGCCCUCACCGUGCACAAGAUUGAAACCUUCAAAAAUCUCGAAUCUACAUCGGGGCGGCUGAAUGAUCACAAACAAGAGCUGGCCAAAUUGGGUGAGUCCUUGGCGAAGACCGCUAGAGCUUUUGAAGAUCACACGAAGGAAUUUGCCCAGCACAAGGAAACAAUGACCAAGAACUUUGAGUCCCAACACCAGGUUUUGGAGAAAGAAAAGAAGGCAACAGCCGAGCAAAUUGAAUCGCACAAGAAGGAAGCAAGUGCUGCGCUUGCCAGUGCCAAGGAGACAUUGCAGAAAUCCUUGGAGGAGCAAAAGAUAGAAACUUCGAAGGCUUUUGAAUCCCACCAGCAGGCACUGGCCAAGCACAAAGAGGAGUCUUCAGCACAACUAGAGGCCCAUAAGAAGGAGUUUUCUGAGCACAAGGAGACGGCAAGUAAGAGCUUGGAGGCUCAGACGAAAGCGUUGGAAAGUCACAAGGCAGAGACAGCCAAGAACUUUGAGACCCAACAGCAGGUUCUGGAAAAAGAAAAGCAGGCAAAAACCGAGCAGAUGGAGUCCCACAAGAAAGAAGUCGAGACGACUUCCAAGCAAGUAAGCACACUUGAAAAGCUGCUUGCCAGUUCAGAGGAAAAGAGAUUGCAAAGCUUGCAAUCAGCCUUGAAAGACCUAAAAGAAGAAAUGCAGAAGAUGAACUCUGCUGAGCAUGCUGAACUUGACCAAAUCAAGAAGAAAUUGAAAGAGCACACGGAGAGCCUUGAGACUUUGCGGAAGUCGGCACCAGCGGCACCGGCAGCCCCAGCAUCGCCACCAUCACCUGCCUCACCUGCUUCACCUGCACCUGCAUCGCCAGCCUCGCCCGCGGCCCCAAAGAAAGCCGGAACGAAGUAACGAAGUGACGAAGUGAGGGCCGUGCGCUUCGCCGUGCGCUUCGCCGUGCGAAGCCAAAGCCGUGAGCAUCGGAGGUCAGUGCCGCUCCCUUGGCAAUGCCCAAAGCCUGGUGUCCAGCUUGGUGGCCAGCGUCUGGAAGACAUUCCGGGCACUCGGCACUCUAUUGGCAGUCUAUGUCAUUUAUAUGUUUCUAUAGUGUUUCUAUCUUAUAGCAACAGGAAAAACUUCUGUUGAGCUCCAUCCGGAGCUCCAGAGAACUUCAUGCAAAAAAG